CUGUUUAUUGUUUAUUACUGAAAUAAAAAGAAAGCAUUGCUGCUGCUGAUCAAAGACGAAAACGCUCUGGUGACCAGUGGGGUCGGGAAUGGGUGAAUAACCGAUGAAGUCUUUCUCUGACUCGCCAGUACCGUCGCAAGAUGGCGACAGAGAAGAUUUUCUUCGACGAGACGAUUCCGUUCCAACUACCAUAGAAGAAGAAAAGGGCGGAAGUUAGCCUCGCUUAAAAUCUAAGACGACGUCAACAAAAGCGACGGAGAGAACCCCACAAACAUGUUGAAAAAUGUGGUUCGGGAGCGCCUGAACGAGGCCGCCGAUGAAAUCUGCGGCCUGUUUGAAAGCAGCCUGGCGUCGUACGAGGAGCAACUUUGUCGCGCGAGAGAAGAGAACCAGAGGCAACGACGACAACUGGAAGCUGCCGCCCGAGAUCACCCGAUUCUGUGGAGCAUGCCAGGCGUCCAGCAGAUGAUUGGUCCUCCACGAGAAUUUGACCCUCCGCCGCAGGAGCGUGUUGAGCAGCAAGACGAUUUGCAUCCCGUCGUCCCUGUCAAGGAGGAAGAGGAGGAAGCCGACGUCAGCGAGUCGCCACCGACCGUCACGCUCAUCAUCGACCAGAGCCAAGACGGCCGAGAGCGAGCGGACGAAACGUCGUGGCUCAAUGGUCCUGGAGGCACCGACGCACCGCCACGUAGCCAAACUGCGGGAGAACCUCGGCGGAGCGACGCGGACCGGCCGGGAGACAGCGAAGGCUCAGAGAAGGAGCCGGCGCGCAGGAGAUGUCACGCGGCCGUCAAACCUUUUAGCUGCCCAGUUUGCGCAAAAACAUUUAUCCGAAAGGAUUAUGUGAUCACGCACAUGUGGACGCACACGGGAGAAAAGUGCUGCACUUGCUCGGUUUGCGCUAAAACUUUCACUUGUCAGCACAAUUUGAACAUCCAUAUGAGAACGCACACGGGAGAAAAGCCCUACGCUUGUCGGGUGUGCGGCGCUAAGUUCCGCCACAGGGUGUCUUUAAUCGCGCACACGGGGACGCACACGGGGGAAAAACCUUUCGCCUGCUCCGUUUGCGGUCAAAAGUAUUCGUACAAGUUCACGUUGACGGAGCACAUGCGGACGCACACCGGCGAGAAACCCUACAGUUGUGCCGAGUGCGGCCAGAGAUUCUCUCGAAAAGAACACUGGAGCAGCCACAGGAGGGCCCACACCAACGAGAAACCCUUCAGCUGCUCCGUUUGCCACAAAAGCUUUGUCAAAAAGUCCAACCUGGAAUUACACACGAGGACGCACACGGGCGACAAACGCUUCAGUUGCCCAGUGUGCGGCAAAAAAUGCACUCAAAAGUCGCAGAUGACGUCGCACAUGAGAACGCACACCGGGGAGAAACCUUUCGCCUGCUCCAUUUGCGGCGACAAAUUUACGCACAAGGUGACUUUGAUCACGCACACGGCAAGGCACACGGGAGAAAAACCUUUCAUAUGCGCGUUUUGCAACCAAAGCUUUUCUUCUAAGUAUUAUUUAAACGUACACUUGCGAUCACACAACGACAAGCAAACCAACGAGUUUCCCAACUCCAAAUUCUAAAGUACCGAGUGCCUCCGGGAAGGAGUCGCGAAGACUGGACCCAUUAAUCGCCCCGGCGUUUUCGCUCUUUUAAAUGGGCAAAAUCAAUGUAUUUAUUUGACAGUGCAAACUAUUUUUUUCCAUUUCGUUGGAACUCGUGUUGGAACACAGUAUUUGAUGAAAAUGUUAUUCAGACUUAAAAAGAACACCAAUAAAUAAGUUGGGAAUACUUGUGGUGGACAAC